UCUAUAGACUACUCGUUGGUCGCUGUAACACAACUACCUCCGUUUGCUGGAUAGAGAAAGAAGGAGAGAGUAUUGUUUAUUAUCUAUUUCACUUGCUUUGGUAAUAUAAACAUGUUUCCCAUGCCAAUAAAGCCCUUUGAAUUGAAUUGAGAGAGAAUAAUAAUAUAAGGGGGAGGACCCCGACGUCUUUACCGACAAUAGCCUACGGACCCGUUCCUCUGUCGGUUAGAAGAGACAGGAGUUAAUGACCAAGUUUAUAAAUGAUUUAACUCGGGGACUUUGGAUAUUUUCUCCCCCCGGAGAGGAACGCUGGAGCCCGAGACAGGAACCAUCUCCAAGCUGUCUGCAGUGGGUGGUCUCUCUGAGGUCCUCUCUGGACUGCUCCUCAGUGUCUUCACUCUGGGAAUCACGUCCACUACCCUACUCCUCCCCUCCCUCACGUCCUCUCCCCUCCUCCCCCCACACGUCCUCAUCCUCCCUCCUCCCCUCCUCCCUCACGUCCUCUCCCUUUCUCCUCUCCACCUCCAUCACAACUCACCUCCUCCCCUUGUACCUCCUCCCCCUCCCUGCUCUGGACCCCCCACCCCUCGGUCAGCAAGCCGAGCAGGGGGGGUCAGGGCGCCAUGGUAACCCAUAGCAGGCACGACCCCCCCAGCCAUGAGCAGCGUUACCCACCCAGAGGCCAGAGGUCAGGGGUCAGACGUGCACCCCCUGCGCUACAAACCCUUCAGCUCGCACGCACACUACCAACAGGUGCUGUGUGCGGUGCAUAAGUUACAGGAGAGUGGGUUCUACUGGGGUGCAGUGGGGGGUCGUGAGGCCAGCGCUCUGCUCCGCUCCCAGCCCCCCGGGACCUUCCUGGUCCGAGACUCCUCCGACCACCACUACUUCUUCACACUGUCGGUCCAGACGGCUCGCGGGACCAAGAACCUCCGGAUCCACAGCCAAGGGGGAAGCUUUUACCUGCAGCCUGACCCCCACUGCACGCACACGCCCCCGCGUUUCGACUGUGUGCUCAAACUGAUUGGACACUACAUGGGGAAGGAGGGAGGUGGAGGAGGAGAUGGGGAGGCCGGGGUAAGGACAGGGGGAGGCAUGGCUGCGACUGCAGGGGAGACUGUGGGGACAGGGAGUUUGUAUCUGAUCCACUCUGGGGGAGAGAAGGUUCCGUUAGAACUGCGUCGACCCCUCCCCUCCUCGCUGUCCUCCCUCCAGCACCUGUGUAGAAGGACCCUGAACGGACACCUGGGGGGCCCGGAUCCCCCCGACACACACCAGCUCCCUCACACUCUAAGAGACUUCUUGGCGGAGUACGAUGCUCCCAUCUAACACACACACAAACACACACACACACACACACACACACACACACACACACACACACACACACACACACACACACACACACACACACACACACACACACACACACACACACACACACACACACACACACACACACAGUUCAGUUUGGGGGUUUCCCCGUCUAACGGUUGAGGAUAGGAUUUGGAGAGGGUAAGCUGAUCCUAGAUCGAUGCCACUGCUUUCCUAUCAAGUGGAGCCUCAUAUUGGUAGCCAUGGAUACACCUCUCCUGGAGAGACUGUCAAUGGGAGUCAGGAAAACGCUGGGGGUCAAAGGUUAUUGCCCUGUCAGCCAAGUUAGUCGUUCUCCCAGCGGAAGCUGUGAUUGGGUAGUCAAAAAGAUUAAAGUGACGCAGACAGUGAACGUGCACACACGCAAGCAAACACACCCUUUAGCAGUAUCUUUCGUUGUGCUGCUGGGGCUGAGGAACAGCUCUUUCUAUUGAUUAGCAGAAGCUUACCUCUACUCUUUCUCCUGUCUGACAUGUAAAAUGGGCUGACUGGAUUGAGAGUGAGAGAGAGAGGGAGAUAGAGAGAGGGAUGGAAGUAUAAUGAGAGAAAAGGAGAGAGGGUGGGGAGUAUGGCAGUGAAUGUCAAACCAGGGGCCCAUAGCAGAGUGAAUGUGUUUGUGUGCAUGGUGUCGUACACAUUUCCACUGCUGCAUGCCAACUAGCAUGGCCUCAUAGGAAGGUGUGAGGGAUCAUGGCUGAAGACAGCCACUAGCCUCACACACAUAGACACACACAGAUAGACACACACACAGGCAUACAUACAGCUAUACUGCAGCUUUGGAAGCUCUUCUGUUAGAAUGUGAUGGAGGUGCCCCUGUCUCUCCCUCUUGUCUUUAUCCCCCCCCCCCCCCCCCCCCCACACCACAUAUCUCUCUGAGAACAGGAGUUGUGACAGUGAGUCUGAGCAGACCACUGUUAGUCAGACAAAAGCCCUGGCAGACAACCAAAGCUAACAGUGGAUCUUAUUAUAGUCCCAGGGGGCCGGCAGGCAGGCAGGCAGGCAGACAGACAGACAGACAGACAGACAGACAGACAGACAGACAGACAGACAGACAGACAGACAGACAGACAGA